AUGGCUCCUGAAAAUAUCACCCAGAUCACUGAAUUUGUUCUCAUAGGUGUCUCCAAUCUUCCAGAACUUCAGAUUCCUCUUUUCUGUGUUUUCCUGGUCAUCUAUGGCCUGACUGUGACAGGAAACCUGGGCAUCAUCACCCUCACCAGUGUUGACUCCCGGCUUCAGACCCCCAUGUACUUUUUCCUCCGACAUCUGGCUGUCAUCAAUCUUGGCAACUCUACUGUCAUUGCCCCUAAGAUGCUGGUCAACUUCUUAGUAAGUAAGAAAACCACCUCCCACUAUGAAUGUGCCACCCAGCUGGGAUGAUUCCUGGUUUUCAUUGUAGCUGAGAUCUUCAUGCUGGCGGUGAUGGCCUAUGACUGCUAUGUGGCCAUUUGCAAGCCCCUGCUCUACAUGGUGGUGGUAUCUCACAGGAUCUGCCUUCUGCUGGUGUUCCUCACCUACCUGUAUAGCUUUUCCACAGCUGUUGUGGUUUCAUCUUGUGUGUUCUCUGUGUCUUACUGUGCUUCCAAUGUCAUCAAUCAUUUUUACUGUGAUAGUGUCCCUCUGUUGGCACUGUCCUGCUCUGAUACUUACAUUCCAGAAACUGUAGUGUUUAUAUCAUCAGCUACAAACUUGUUCUUCUCUAUGACUAUAGUUCUCAUAUCUUAUUUCAACAUUGUUUUGUCUAUUCUAAAGAUGUGUUCAUCAGAGGGAAGGAAAAAAGCCUUUUCCACCUGUGCUUCGCACAUGAUGGCAGUCACAGUUUUCUAUGGGACUCUGCUGUUCAUGUAUUUGCAGCCUCGAUCCAGCCAUUCCCUGGAUACUGAUAAAAUGGCAUCUGUGUUUUACACCCUGGUCAUCCCCAUGCUGAACCCCAUGAUCUACAGCCUGAGGAACAAGGAUGUGAAGGCUGCCUUAAGGAGGUUCAUGGGGAAUCUAUGCUGUUUCCUUAAAGCAGUGCAGUUUUUAAAAUUGUAG